AUGUCCAGUGUCCUAAGAUGCGGUAAGUGGGUCCCAUGGAAGGAUGUGCCUGGUUUGAAGAAAUACCUGGAUCAUAUCCCAGAGAAAAUACAGGCCUACAUUGUCCAUCAGCACACACCAUACCACAGCCGCGAUUUCCUCGAUUACGAAACCUCGCCCACAACGAUCAUGACAUCUACAUCCCGCCAUCUCCAGCACGCCUGGAACACCGCAUGGGCUACCGCACCUCCACCCUCCUGUAGUACCCUCCGCAACCUCAACGGCGCCGUAGCAUGGGGCGAAUCUUGUGUCUUUGCUCAAGAAGACGGCGAUCCCGUCCCCUUUAGCAUAAACACCGCAUGUAUGCCAUGGGUCACAUCGAACGUGUACCCAUCACCCUCUGCUUUUUACUCUCCUGCUACCGCGUGCCCGGAUGCCUGGACUGUUGUUGCGACACAGACGGCUGCGAGUGGGGAGGGCAGUGAUAAUAGAUGGGUAGAUGGGGAGGUGGGGUUGCAGUGUUGUCCCGAGGGGUUCCAAGGUGACGGGGGAGCGGGAUGUAGACCUGGUGGUAGUGGGAGCUGGCCGGUUGUGGAGUGUGGGGAGGCUGAUGCUGAGGAGAAUAAUAUGAAGACAUAUAAUGGCGGUAGGUGGCCGGCUUCUGCGACCCCGAGUAUCGGGGCGUUGAGGCUUAGGUAUCAGACGAGUGACGCGGGAGGUGCAGGACCUACGGCUUCUGCAUCGGGGCCUGGGAAAACGGGUACGAGUAGUGGGAAGGGAGGCAGUGGACUGUCUACCGGUGCUAUAGCAGCCAUCGCGACCGUCCUCCCUCUUGUCCUCAUUCUCGCCGCCCUAGCAGCUUUCACAUUCUGGCGCAGGAACAAAAGGCGUAAAGUAGCACUCCUCGCAUCUCAACAUCUUGGCCAAGAGAAAGCGGAUCGACCCUCUAGUUCUACCCACGGUAACACGAGGCAUACAUAUUACUCCGUUCCCAAGGGUAGCGCUUAUGCCGUUGGUUCAUCGCAGGUCCAGCACGAAACUCCCGAGUGGAAUGUUGAGAUGGAUGCCAUGGAUACUGAACGCCAGAAUCUUGUUGGAGCUUACGGGUCGGCGGAGAGAGAUGUUAGGGGUCAGGGUCAGGCUGAAGUGCCGGAGUUGGGGGGGUUGGCAAGGAUGCCGAGGAAAGCUAUUGCGCCUGUGGAGAUUGAUGGGAGGGCGAUUUUGGCGGAGGUAGGCGAUGCAUAUAUCGCGUAUAGGCCUGAUGAGAGAGCUAGUUCGGCAGAGGGUAUGGAUGCUUAUGUUGCGUAUAGGCCUGGUGUUGAGGGGAGGUAG